AUGCUACUCGACGAACUUGACGCACCUCUAGACGAUGUUGUUGUAGUUGAUCGACUGCACAUCGCGGACUAUAACGAGGCCAACAUUCUUCCCCAGGACAAGACUACUCUGAACCAACUCCUCAAAUGGCUUAACCCUACCAAGUACAAAGGCGACGGAAGCGAACUCAAGAAACACACUACCUCGCAUCUCCAGGGAACCAGUCAGUGGCUUAUUGACUCACCCAUCUUCGAACAGUGGCACCACGGCAACAACCAUGGAAUUCUGUGGAUUCGAGGAGUGCCUGGCACAGGCAAAUCCGUUCUCGCAGCAAAGUUGAUUGCUCAUUUAGCUUCGGAAGAAGUCCCUGUGCUGUACUUCUUCUUCCGUUAUACCAUCCAGUCGAAUCAUCGCCCCGAGGCAGCCCUUCGUGACUGGAUCGCUCAAAUAUUGCCUUUCAGCCCACCGCUACAGCUUGCAUUGAAGAACCUGACAUCUGGAGAUAUAAACGUGGGUUCUGUGGAAGAUCUCACUAUGCCAGAGCUAUGGCACCUCCUCCGGCUUGCCUUGAGAACUAUCGGCAAGGCCUAUUGCGUGGUAGAUGCUCUGGACGAAAUGGAUCACGAGUUCAUGGAGCAUUUCCUGCAAGUACUUGAUCAGCUGGGCAAUAUCCACCCGGAUAGAGUAAAACUCAUCAUUACGAGCCGACCCAUCGCGACAAUCGAGAAGAUUGUCAGAAAUCUGAGGCUGUUGGACAUUCGCCUUGGCAAAGACAAAGUGGAUCCAGAUAUCCUCAAAUACCUCCAUCAUAGACUGGAUCAAAUGUCUCUGACCUUGGAAAUUCGCGAUACUAUUGUCCACGAAGUGCUCAAGAAGUCUGAUGGCCUUUUUCUCUACGCCAAGUUCGCUAUGGACACUAUAUCUAGACUCGAAAAUGCGACGACGGAGACUGUGGCAAUAGCUCUUGAUAGCACACCUGUUGACUUAUCUGUCAUGUACAGAAACCUCUUGCAAGAGCAUAUGGGACGUACAGAUCUGCCUGAGGGGUUAUGUAUUCUGGUUUUGCAGCUUGUCACUCACGCUACCAGGCCUCUACGCCUACUCGAGAUAGCCGACUGCAUCAAAGUGACCAGACCCCAGUUUGGUCAAGAUAUUGGGAUCUUGAAAAGCCUUAUACGAACUUCUUGCGGGCCUCUAUUGGAAAUCCUUCCAGACGAGUCUGUUCGAGUUGUUCACCACUCCCUGACAGAGUAUCUAUUUGGAAUGACUCGAUCAUCGCCUGACAAAGACAUCCCGCUGUUUGAACCAGGUCCAAUGCACAAUCUUCUUGCACUUAUAUGUUUGUCGUAUCUCCGAGCAGGUUAUUUAGACACUCUGAAGUAUAGGAACGCCAUUUUGGACUAUAUGGGGCUGAACGGAAGAGAACACGAAGUACCACCGUUUUUUAUCUAUGCGACAAACAACUGGCACGUGCAUACCAAGAGGUCCUCACACCAGGGCUUACCGCAAGACGAAGUCAAUAGCAGUAUUCUUUCACUGCUGAUGGCACCAGAGAAUCCCAGAAAGCUCGACGCGCUGGGCCAUCAAUUCAAUGGGAGCGGUAUAAAAUAUUAUGAACAAUUGCCACGAGACCAGAAUAUCGCGCUGGAAGCGGAAGCGAUUCUUUAUGCAAUUCGUCUGGAUUUGACCAGCUUUGUCCAGUAUUUCUUCAGUCACAAUAACGGAGAUGCAGCCACGUACCCCGGAGAUCGAGGUAUUGAGCCUCCGUUGCACCAGGCCAUAAGGAAUGGGAACCUGGACAUUGUUCGUCUGCUUAUCAAAAACGGGUCCAAUACAAGCCACCAUAGCUGGCACGGCAACACACCACUCCAUCUGGCACUUGAAGGUACCUGUAGAAAUAGGCGCACCCACCAUGCCAUAGUUAAACACCUUCUGGAAAUCGGUGCCGAUCCUUGGAAGGACCGACAUGCGAAUCGGCAUGCCUUCAAUUGUUCUAUGGGUUAUUCUAGACCCUCUUCAUGCCCUCCGAUUAAACAGGCUUUGACGAAAGGUGAUGAGACAACGGUCAAAUUGUUUCUGCCAUACAUCGAGUCUAAGGAAGUGGCUCAGAAAGCUUUGGAUUGGGUCAUCAAUGGGUCUCAGAAGGCUGAGAUUAUCCAUCUGAUCCUGAAUCUGGGGCUCGUGGACAUCAAUGGCCGUACUGAUGGCGCGACGCCGCUGUUUAGAGCCUGUACAAACUUUGAUCCAAAGGCCAUAUCAAUACUCCUUGAAGCUGGUGCGGAUCCGAACGUCCGUUUCGACAAUGGUUACAUUCGAAACUAUGUCGAUAAUGAUGCAAACGAGGGACGUAAUGUGAUGUACGCCUUGGCUGCGCCGUCUGAACAUCUUUAUCAAGCCAAUGGAGGACUUCCGGACAAAAGAAUCGAAGAAUGUUUUCAACUGGUUCUCGCUGCUGGUGCUGAUGUGAAUCAAGUUGAUCGUUCGGAGGAAACACCGCUGCACCUAGCCAAGAAGCCUCUUAUAGCCAAACUUCUUCUUGAUGCUGGAGCAGAUCCCGUCGCUGAGAACGAGGAUGGAUUGAUGCCGCUUCAUGUCGCCCACGACCUUGAUUUGUUAGAGGUGCUCCUAACCAAGACAGACAUCAACAUUAGGAAUCGCCAUGGGAAAACCGUUCUACUUCACACUUUGUCUGGCCUAGAUGGGAAGUCGACAUCUGAAAAGGCCACUAGACUUCUAGACUUAGGUGCAGAUCCUAACAUCAUUGAUAACAAUGGUGAUAGCAUCUUGCACUACCUGGCCAGCAGAGAGGGGAUCAGCACCCCUGGCAAAAGACGUUUGUUGGAGCGGUUGAUUCAAAAUGGUGUAGAUGCAAAUCUCAGAAACAACAAAGGACAAACCGCGAUACACAAGCUGAGAUUUCGAGGUUUAGACUCCACAGUGGCCGAUUUACAGGCUAUUCUUGAGCUGACAAACAUCGAUAUAAAUGCAGUGGACGACGACGGGAAUACAUUUUUCUCUCUUGUCAUUGAAAAUGAACGGGUUUCGGGGGAUGACAGGAAGGGAAUGGAAAGACUAAUGGCUGUGCUUGUCAAGGCUGGGGCUCGUUUUGAUGUCACCGGUAGACGAGGACGACCACUGCUGCAUACUAAAAUUGGACAACGCGGCGAUGGAAAGAUUUUGAAACUCCUGGUUGAUCAUGGUGUUGACCCGGAACAAACUGACAACGAAGGAAAUACGAUCUGGCACGCCGCAGUUCCUAGACUUGUUUCACCGAUGUCGACGACAGAACUACUUUCCAAUAUCGUUUCCCUAGGUAUAGACAUACGGAAACCCAACAACCAGGGAAGGCUUCCCUUACACGUUCUUUGCGAGCAAAACGAAGACAGAAUGGCUACCGGGCUCAAAGACGGAACGACCUUAUUUGAUUACAUGAUGGAGCAAGGGCAACAGGACAUGGAUAAGGCAGACAACGACGGAGUCUUGCCGAUCCAUCUCGCUUCGGCUUCGUCUACGCUUUUCACGAGAAUGAUGCUUGACGCGGGGGCGGACGCUACCCUGGCCACACACGAGGGACUAAAUGUCUUCCAUAUUGCCGCUCGAUGCCGACAGAGUAACAGAAUAGGUCUCGUUUGCGACUGGUUUAGGGCAACAAUGAGCAUGGAUAAAUUAUCCGAAGCGGUUAAUGCAAAAGACAGACGAGGGCGAAAUCCUCUGUACUACGCUUGUGCGUCGGGUCACUACCAAUCAGUGGAGCUUCUCAUCAACGCAGGUGCAGUAAUUGGCUUCAAUACCUACGAGGGAUCGGCCCUGGAGGGUUGCGUCGAGUUUGAAAGGAACCUCAAAGACUGGCAGGCUAGGGGCAAUUGUACAUCUGGUGCCGUCUACUUGGACGAUACAACAAGGCCCAAAAAGGACAGAGGCUGGCGUUCAUCUCCAAAGCGUGGCACUUAUCAUGAAUAUCGAAUCGACGAAAUCCUCGACCUUCUCGUCACCAACACCACUUCAGCUAGCUGGCGAGAGAUUGAUCGGGCUAUCGUUUUAGCCGCGAAUCAACAGCAUGACUAUACAGUGGAGUCUCUACUGCGAGUUAGGGAGUCAUUGGGUAUGGAAGAACCAUUGAUGUGCGCAGCUGAAGUGCAGUCGUGUUUGGAACGGAGAGCAUCAGUCUUGGCAAGUGUGGUAACCGUGUCAGCCGAAAGAAGAAGCCGUUCGGUAGGAGAGGUGUUUUCUGACCGAAUACGGUUCAUCAUUGAUCAAAGACUUCACCGCGCCAUCCCUUCAUACGUCAAAGAUUACUCGCCCAAACCAGGGAUCGAAGAGUUAUAUGGAGUUUCUCUCGACCUUGUGCUCUCUGGUUUCGCAGACCCUCUCGAUGUCUUGCUUACACCAGACCUUGUUUCAACCCUUGAGAACUGCAGUAAUUCUACGGAAGAUGGAGCACGGAUAGGAAAGGCCAGGGAUAUGGUAUCGCUGUUAGCUGCUGCUUGCCAGUCGGAACAGCCCAACCUGCCUGUCAUUCAGGUGCUAGUCAAGAAAGGGGCCAGACUGGAUAAAUGUUUCACACCGGAAGGAUGUUCAUUCCACUUCCAAACGACUCCCCUCCAUGCCAUCAUCAAAACUGUCAAUCACUGGUGGAAAAUAGCACAGGCUCUUCCAUACAUACUUGACCAAGCUAUAGACUUGGAGGUUCGGGAUGGGGAGGGACAUACACCUUUGAAUGCAACUCUGGAGGAGAAAGACCAUCGUCUCUGGAGCUGCCAAGCCACGGAGAUGCUUUUGCGAGCAGGUGCGGACCCGUCCAGUAUUAACAAGGCAGGAAAGUCCUGCCUUGCGCAUGCUAUGGGUAACGAGUCGCUGUUCAAACUACUUCUUCGUCAUGGAGCAGAGAUUGGUCCGGCUGCGCUGGCAGCAGCUAUCCUCGCCAAAGAUGUCAAUAUGUUGGAGAUGAUGUUGGUCUCUGGCGCCGACCCAAAUGUUCGAAAGGUGGGCAAGGAAAUACCGUCCUCGGUGUCACCGACUGGAUGCUGGGAGCCUGGCGUGGAAGAUCCAAGUGGCGAAAGUGAAUUGUAUCCUCUCGAUGUCUUGAUCACGAGUAUGGGGUACGAAGAUCACGACGCUGUUUGUGAAGAUAUGAUGAAAUUACUAUUCGAUUACGGCGCAGAUCCAAACGGACGCUAUUCGAAAACAACCAUGGUGCACCGGAUUCUCCAAACGAAAGAUGCGCGUUAUUUUUCGGUCCGCAGCAGAAGGAAUUGCUAUGUUGAUACUAUUGUUCAGCACCCGCUACUGGACGUCAAUCUCAAGGACGCAGGCGGUAUGACGAUACUUCAGACUGCUUACGGAGCGGGUGAUCUGAAAUCAGCACAGAUUCUUAUCGACAGAGGCUGCAAUGUUGAUGGGCAGGACAAAGAUGGUAGAAAUAUUCUGCAUCUUAGACGUAGGUUUGGGUUCCACGAACCCCAGGCCCAAAUGGACUUCAUUGAGCGUUUGGUCGAUCUCGGGCCAGAGCUAUUGAAUCAAGGUGAUGGGCACGGUCAAACCCCGCUUCAUUAUGCGAUACGGCAUAUGGCUUCUGAAGAAGAAAUUGAGCUGCUCGUGUCGAAAGGUGCAGAUGUUUGCGCAAAGGACGAUAAUGGAGACACUCCUCUCCAUUUUCUCUUCAAACAAAAUUGGACACUUACUGUGAACGAUGGUAACAUGAUACUGGAAGAGCGCAAGAAGAAGCUGGUGGGCCUGUUUAUGUCAAGGGGCGCAGACAUCAACGCCCGUAAUGAAGCGGGCGAGACACCUGUAUUCUCGUGCUACCGUGAAGGUGGUCUCGAAGCUCUUGUUCCACAUGACCAAGACAUGCGCAAGACACUCGAGGAUCCAAACGCUUACCUUGUCUGGCACAACAAACUUCAAGUCAAGACUGCCGUGGAACAAGCGCCGAUUCUAUGGGCACUAUUGGAUGAAUUUGGUGUAGAUUGGACAGCUGUCAAUAAUGAGGGACAAUCACUGUUGCAUGUUGUGGCAGCAGAGCCGAAAGGGUUGAGCAAUAAACGGCAGCGAAGGUUCCAAUUCUUGAUGGGUAAAGGAUUGAAUGCCUUGGAGGAGAAUAAUAUGCAUCAGACGGCUUUGGAUGUUGCAGCUGCGCAUGGAGCGGAGGAUAUUCUAGCUUUGUUUAAUGUUGAGUAA